GCAACCAUAACUUCAGUCUGUUGAAUGAGUGCUUACGAGGUGGUGCUCCCUGCAGGCCUGUGAAACGAAAAACGAGAGCGGCGGCUACCUGUUGCACUGACGACCUGUGCCAACUGCAUAACCCUCGUACCCUUUUCUCUCUCUCUCUCGCGUCGCGCCCCCCUCAGUGCCAGCCAUGUCAGACAUCCCGGACAACGCCCCCGCCCCCCGCCUCUGCAUCAUCACCAAAUGGCCUGACUUCGAGGGCUACGGCUUCAACCUGCACGCCGAGAAGUCCAAGCCCGGCCAGUACAUCGGCAAGGUGGACGCCGCGUCGCCCGCCGAGCUGGCCGGCCUGCUCGAGGGCGACCGCAUCGUCGAGGUCAACGGCGUCAACAUCGCCAACGAGAACCACAAGCAGGUGGUCCAGCGCAUCAAGGCCGUGAGCAACGAGACCCGCCUGCUGGUGCUGGACGCCGAGGCCGACAAGUACUACAAGGCCAAGAACAUCGUGGUCCGCGGCGGCCAGAGCAACGUGGUCACCAAGUCGUCGGUUCGAGCCCCGCCCUCGCCCGCGACCCCCGAGCCGCCCGCGACCAACGGCCACCACCAGGACGACGCCGACGCCCGCUCCGUCAGCUCGGCCGCGUCGUCGUCGGCCGCCAGCGAGGCCUCCACGCAGCCGCAGAGUCCCAUGAGCACCUCGCCGACGCCGCCGCCCUCGCUGGACAACACCUCCUCCAACACCGCCAAGAGCACCCCCACGCCCACACGGACCCCACGCCCACGCCACCAAAGCCACCACCACCACCACCUCCUCCUCUUCCUCUUCUCCAGCCAGCACCCCCGCCCCCACGCCUGCUCCGUCAGUGGCCUCCAACAAUGCCUACAACUCGAGCGGCCUGAACCUGAACAUGUCCGCGGCCGAGAUGCGGGCGAUGCUGGCCCGCAAGAAGAAGGCCGACCCUCGCAAGGACACCUUAGACCUGCGGAAAAAAUACGAGAUCAUCCAGAACAUGUAGGAGACACGUCGCCGCCGGCCCUCCUCCUCCAGGGCGCCUGAUUCCGUCCCUUUCUUUCGUUCUUUCUGCCUCCUCCUUUCGUAACGAAGAGGAGAAAAGAGGAAGGAUCAAGAGAGAAUAGGAUGAAAGGAGGAGUGUUAUUUGGGUUUUCCCCCGCCCGUUUAUUUCCCAUUUUUUAUGGAAAUGUUAAGACAAUCUGUUUAGCGAAAACGGGAUGUCGGAAGGUAGCGGACUCCCCCCCCCCCCCACCCCUUCCUAAGUUUUUUCUUUCCUUUUUUUCAUUGAUUUACAUUUUAAUUCCCUCCCCCUCUUUCUUCCACCCUUUUUUCCCUUCUUUUUUUUCUCUCCCCCAACAUACUUUGGUUGUUACAAGAUCGACAUGGGAUUUAUGUAAAUAAGAAAAAAAUAAAGUAUUCCAUUCCGUCUUGUAAGUAGAUAGAAAACACGGAGCUUUCCACCCGAGCCGAGCGCCGCCUCACCCGGGUCCUUGGCAGUCCUUCUCAAUCCCUGUCUUGUUAUUUUUGUCUACGCAAUCACCCGACCGUGAAGCCACAACGCACGCUGGAGGUAAACUUUUUGAAAAGAGAGAUUAGAUUUUGCUGAGGAAAGAGAGAGAGAUUCGUCAUGGAGAUACACCCUGUUUGUUUUUAUUCCGUUUUCUAUGAAAUGGAUUUCAGGGGUAACUUGCAUAUAAAAGGACUGCAUUUCCAUUGAUUGUUUUUUAAAUCUCUUGUGUGAUGGUGGUGUUGGGUGAUUUAGUGUCAUCACUCGCAAAUGAGGGUCAUGGCGACCGGCGAGUGAUGACAGCGGACAAAAAAAGGUUUACAGAAAAUAGAUAUUUAGUAGUUUCAUGAUGGCGACGAUAACCAUUGCUGAGAAAGGUUUAAAAAAAAUUAGAAAUGGCAAUAUUCCGAUUUGCUCCACAACUGCCUUUGCCUUUGUCAGCGGGGAGUUGUCCGAACCCCAUGGAUAAUUUCUAUUAUGUAUAUUUGUAAGUGAAUCAUGUAGUUAAGAGUUGUUAUAAAUGAGUGCUUAUGUGAUGAGAUAAAGGGGUGUUAAUUGUGCAGUCACAGGAUCCUCCGGAGAGACGCCAUCUUGGACAGCCUUCUGGGCCCUCGGCGUCCAAGGAGGGAGCCCGAAGGAGGCGUCCCGGGACUCCUGCGUGGGAGGACGUGCAUUGAUUUUUUAUUUUCCUUUUUCCGAUGAGGUCACUGAGGAAAUGGAAGAAAAAAAAGAUACGAAAAAGAAAACUAUAUCUAUAUACGAAAGCCUCGUGUUUCAUGGCGUGGUUUUUUAUAAUCAAUGUCAGGAGAUUUUGUGUCUUUGUGCAUCAAAUUCCGUACGUCUGUUGUGCCUGGUGAUUGGCAAGGGACCAAUG